AUGAGAUGUUUUGCAGUAGAUGCUCCUGGAUUUCUUGUAAUCACUUGGCCAUCAUUUAUCGGUUGCGUCAUCGAUUUCAACAACCACUUUGGAAUAUGUUCGACCAUCCGUUGCGACAUCUGCUGUUUUUCUUCCCAUACACAUAUUGUGCAUUUUUACACACUUCCUAGAUAUCGCGGAGACGGCCGCAGCUACCGGAUAAAUGUACUUCCACAACAAGAUUGGGAUGCCAAUUGGUUCAAUGCGCAUCACUUUGUUCUAUACACUCGAGGUGGACCCUAUUGGCAAAUUGCCAAAAUUCCCCUUUCCAAAUUUUUCAUUCUCACUCGUGGUUUGAUUCGAAGAGAUCAGUAUCCGGUGAAAGGCACCCAUGUGCGGUUACUUUCGUUCACUGUGAUGGAUAAUUGCGAGGGUCCUUUCUCUCUGGAAUUGGACUAUAUUGCUCUGUACAUUGACCCGGAUCAUCAUGAAAAGUUCGCCUACGAGGAAUACGACCGUUCAGGCAUUGUUCAGUAA